CCCCAUUUUUAUUUUUUGAUCAACAUAGGGGCGAAAAGCCCAACAAACAAAAUAAAAACUACGGUGGAACUACUCUAGUGAGCUUCGUUCCCAAGGCGUCACUGAUUAGGGCGUGAAGGAGGAAGGCCGGUGGAGCAGAGAAGCACACUAAUCCUCUGGGUAUGCUGUGCGCUUUUUUGGCAAGAAGAUCGGCACAAAAAUUUCUCUCUCAGUAUAUGUGGGAGAUCGUCACAUCCCCUGGCUGAGCAAGCCACAACUUGGUGGCGCGAAUGAAGUUGAAGGCGCACAACGAGUCUAUUGGAUUAUUGCAAAACUGAUCCAUCCACAUUUAAUCUGGGGGGCCUUCAUAGGUUUUAGGACAUCGGUCACCUCAUUAGGAAGAAAUUAGUCUACAAUAUCCCAAUUCCAAGCUCCCUCAGCAGGAGCGUAGAGAGAUACCUUAUCAUCCAACAUAGCAUCAGUAAUAUCCAUUAAUGCUGUGUCCUUAAGACUUGGGACCCCAGGGACCCAGUGAUCCAUCCAAAAACUAGAGGAUUAUGUAUAGUAGACCCUUUAGUUUGUAGAGCUACAAUAAUGCUUAACAAUUACCAGCAACUAUAUGUGGAGCUAAAAUAAUCUAAUCUUAAUUGUUUGUUACUACUGUACAUGUACUAAUCUCUAAUCUCCAACAUAUGAACAAAAAGUUAAGUAGUAUAUGUAGAUAAAGCUGCAUAAGCAAAUGCUGUGAUCUGAUUUGUGCGUUGACUUUAUAAUCAUAUAAAGUUUGUUGACCAGUUACCCAACGAAUCCCUUUGCUCUUCAUUCUAAUCCAUCAUCGCCCAUGUCUUACUACCAAUCAGUAGAAAGAAUCCCUGAUCCAUCAUGGAGGUACGAUGUGUAUUUGAGUUUCCGAGGCCAAGACACUCGCUCCGGAUUCACCUCACAUCUCUAUGCAGCUUUGAGGAGAGCUGGGAUUCAUGCUUUCAAUGGCGAUGAGGCGCUUCGGAUUGGAGACCAGAUGACAUACACACUAGUUCAAGCAAUCGAAGCUUCUAGACUUUUUGUUGUUGUUUUCUCAGAAAGUUAUGUUGGUACUAGAUGGUGUCUGGAAGAGUUGAUGAAAAUAAUGGAGUGUAGAAGCACUAGAGGUCAAACUGUCAUUCCGGUAUUCUACAAUGUUGAGUCCGCAGAUGUACGCCACCAGAGAGGUCCUUUUGAAGAAGCAUUUCAAAGUCAUAGAUUCUCAUACGAGAAUGAGAUAGUCCACGCAUGGAGGGCUGCGCUCACUCAAGCUGCUAACCUUCCUGGAUUUGUAAUCACUAGAGACAGUAAUGUAGCUGAUAUUAUCGGGAAGAUUGUUAAACAUAUAACUACUCUAGUUGCUUCGGAAGACUUGUUCAUCGCAAAGCAUCUAGUGGGAGUACAAUCUCGCACGGAAGAUGUGAUUCAACAGUUACAUUCUCGUACACCAGAAGAUGUUGUGUUAAUGGGGAUAUGGGGGAUGGGAGGAGUGGGUAAAACAACCAUUGCGAAAAGUGUUUAUAAUCAAAUUCGUCACGAUUUUGAUAGGCCAAUGUUCCUCCCAAACAUUCGGGGGAUGUGGGAGAAUGACCGACAGGUUUUUCUGCAAGAACAGUUAUUGAAUGGUAUUUGCAAAGCACAGAUAAACAUACAAAACAUCAAAUCAGGAGUAGCUUUAUUAAGGGAAAGACUUCGCCUGGAAAGAGUAUUUCUUGUACUUGAUGAUGUAAAUAAUAUAGACCAGAUGAAUGCCUUGUGCCGUAGUCGAGAAUGGUUUGGUGCAGGGAGUAGAAUAAUCAUCACAACAAGAGAUAGACGUCUGCUUCGUAUGAUUGGAGUUGAUUAUGUGUACCAAGUGAAAGAAAUGGAUUACAAUGAAUCUCUUCAACUUUUUUGUUGGAAUGCAUUUGGGAAAGCAACUCCUUUAACAGAGUUUGCUAGACUUGCAGAAGAUGUAGUUAAAUAUUGUGGGGGAUUGCCAUUGGCCCUUAUAACAAUUGGUCAUCUAUUGUUUGGAAAGAUGAAAGACGAGUGGGAGAAUGUAUUAGGUGGACUCAAAAGGCCUUCCGGUCGGGAUACAUACAAACUUUUGAGAGUAAGCUUUGAUGCCUUAGAUGACAGAGGGAAAGAAAUAUUUCUUGACAUAGCUGGCUUUUGUAUUGGCAUGGAAAGGGGGGAGGUACUGAAAACACUAAAUUAUGGCUUUGGAAUUAGCGAACACGGAAUUAGUUUCCUUCAAGAGCGGAGUCUUAUAACAUUUGAUGAGAAAGACAGAGUUCAAAUGCAUCCUUUGCUGCGAGACAUGGGAAGAGAAAUCGUUCGAGAGCAAUCACAAACUGAUGCUCAGCGAAGGAGGUACGAUGUUUUUGUGAGUUUUCGAGGCAAGGACACUCGUCCAACGUUUACAUCACAUCUCCAUACAUCUCUCCAAAAUGCUGGAAUUGCUGCUUUCAAGGAUGAUGACGAUGUUGAUGGACUUCAAAGGGGAGAACGGAUUUCAAUCACAUUGUUAAAAGCAAUUGGAUUGUCUGCAUGUUCUGUCAUUGUUUUUUCAACCCACUAUGCUGAUUCAAAAUGGUGCCUGCAAGAGCUUGAGAAUAUCAUGGUAUGCCAUAGAACAAAAGGUCAAGUGGUUUACCCUAUAUUCUACGGAGUAGAUCCCUCAGAUGUACGUUAUCAAAAGAUAGAGAGUGACUUUGGGAAAGCUUUUGAAAGUCUUAUAAGUCGAAGAUCAGUGGAAGAAGAUAAGGUGCAGAGUUGGAGAACAGAUCUUGGGGAAGUUAGUAGCUUUUCAGGGAUGACUGUGAUCAACUCCAGGAACGAAAGUGAAGAUAUCAAAAGAAUUGUUGAACACGUUACUCGUUUAUUAGAUAGGACAGAGUUGUUCGUUGCAGCGCAUCCAGUGGGAGUAGAACUUCGUGUGCAAAAGUUGAUUGGAGAAUCAAACAUUCAAAAGACAAAAGAUGUUCUGAUACUUGGAAUAAAGGGCAUGGGAGGCGUUGGUAAAACGACUAUUGCCAAAGCCAUCUAUAACAAAAUUCGUCGCGAUUUUGAUGGCAGGAGCUUCCUCCUGAACAUUAGAGAAACAUGGCAGCAAGAUAAUGGAAAGGUUCUCUUGCAACAGCAACUUCUUGAGGAUAUAUUCAUUGCAACAAGGAUAUACAUACCUAACAUUGAUUCAGGGAUGCAAAUAUUAAAGGAAAGGCUUGGUGCUAAAAGGGUACUCAUUGUGCUUGACGAUGUGACUGAUUUGGACCAACUCAAUGCUUUGUGUGGUAGUGGUGAAUGGUGUCGUCCUGGGAGCGUAGUAAUCAUCACAACAAGACAUGAUGAUCUUCUUCGAGUGUGUAAACUCACAUUCAAUCUAGAAGAGAUGAAUGGGGCUGAAUCCCUUGAGCUUUUUAGCUGGCAUGCAUUCAAACAAGCAUGUCCAAAAGAUAAGUUUGUCAAGCUAUCUAGAGAUGUAGUUGAAUAUUCUAAUGGAUUGCCACUGGCUAUGGAAGUUCUUGGGUCCCAUUUGUUUAUGAGAAGGUAACAUUAAUGGUUAUAUCUCUAACAGUUUAAUAUGGGAAUAAAAGAAUGGCAAAGUGCAUUGGAUACUCUGAAAUUAAUUCCCCAUGAUAAAGUCCAGAAGAAACUACAAAUAAGUUUUGAUGGUUUAAGUAAGAAUUAUGAAAAAGAAAUAUUCCUUGACAUUGCAUGCUUUUUUAUUGGGAUGGAUCGAAAUGAUGUUGUGAAGAUAUUAAAUGGUUGCGGACUCCAUGCAGAAAUUGGAAUCAGUGCCCUUAAAGAGCGAAACCUUAUAACUGUUGAUAACAAUAAUAUGCUUGGAAUGCAUGACUUGUUAAGAGAUAUGGGAAGAGCAAUAAUUUGUGAGCAAUCACCUGAACUUGAAGAGCGAAGUAGAUUAUGGUACGAUGAGAAAGUGCUUGAACUAUUAGAGAAUCAUGAGGGAACAGAUUUAAAGGCUAAGGGAUUGAGUUUGAAGUUGCCAAUGACCAAUUCCAUUUGUUUGAGUAAAGAAGCAUUUAAGAAUAUGACUAAACUUAAAUUGCUUCAACUCGCUGGUGUACAACCUAAUGGAGAGUUCAAACAUCUUUCAAGAUAUCUUAGAUGGAUGAGUUGGCAUGGAUUUCCUUUGAGACACACUCCCAUAGACUGCUAUCAACCAAAUAUAAUUUCCAUUGAGUUAGAAAACAGCAAACUCAAAGUUCUGUGGAAGGAGUCCCGGUUGUUGAAACAGCUGAAGAUUCUAAAUCUUAGUCAUUCACAUGACUUGAUCAAAACCCCAGAUUUUUCAUACCUACCUAAUCUUGAGAAGUUAGUACUCAAGGAUUGUACAGAAUUGUCUUCGAUUUCCUAUACCAUUGGAACUCUACAAAACAUCCUUCAUAUCAAUAUAGAAGGUUGUACAAACCUUUGUGUACUUCCAAGAAGCAUAUACAAGUUGACAUCUCUUGAAACUCUCAUCCUCUCUGGGUGUUCAAAGAUUGAUAAGUUAGAAGAAGAUGUGGAACAAAUGGAAUCUUUGGCAGUGCUAAAAGCUGAUAACACUGCCAUAGCGCAAGUGCCCGGUGCGCUAGCAAGAUUAAGAAACCUUGGACAUGUUUCUUUGUGUGGCUAUGAAGGAUUGGCACAUGAUGUGAUUCCUUUAAUUAUGUUUUGGUUAUGGACUUCACCAAAUAAUAUGUUGUCAUCAGUUAUGCAAAAAUGUUCAUCAAAUGUUUUCACUUAUGCAAAUUGCGGUCCACGGCUUCAGAUAAAAGGAGAUGUAUCUUUGGAUACUGACAAUGUGGCAAAUUGCAAUGAAUUGGGGAUGCAUAUUUCUGAAUCAAAAUCUUCUUUGAAUUCCCUUUUGAUUCAAAUGGGGGUGGAAAACUCAACCACAGAGAUACUUCAAAAGACCAUUUCACAGAACAAUGAGCUUGGAGAUUACCUGCUCCCUUAUGACAACAAUAAUCCUGGUUUGUUAACAAUCAGUGGUGAAGGUUCCUUUGUGACUUUUCAAGUCCUUCCUAUGAAUGGGCGCAACUUGAAGUCCAUGAUGUUGCACAUUGUUUUCUGUUCUACUUCUUCCACAUUCAUCACUACAACAGAAGGUCUGAUUCUUGAAAAUGUGCAAAUCUUAAAUCUCUCAAGGGACAUGUCCAAUGUAUUUAAGGGAGAUAAGUUAGCUUCAUUCAAAGAUGAGGACAGGGAAAUCCUAAUGUCAAGUCUAGAACCUGGUGACACCGUGCGGAUUGUUGUUGCUUUAGGAUCUGGAUUCAUUGUGAAGAAGACCAUAGUUUAUCUCAUAUAUGACGAUGAACCACCAAUUGGGGGAAACUUGGAGCACUUCAAUGAUGAUGAGGAUGAUAUUGUUUGUUCUACUGGUGAUGACGUUGUAGCUUCUGUGAAUGAAGGCACUUUGGGUGUUGAUGUCAUUGCAGCAGAUGAUGAUGAAGAUGUUACUGUUUUUGGUGUUCAUGAUGCAGUAGCUGGUAUGAAUGAAAUUGUUUCUGGUGUUGAUGCUAUGGCAAAAGAUAAAGAUGGUGCUACUGUUGCUAAUGUUGAUGAUGAUAUGGUAGCCAAUCUGGAUAGAAAUGCUUCUACUUCUGGUACUGAUAUCAUGCCACCAAUUACUAAUGAUUUUGGUGCUAAUUAUGUGGUAGCAACUGAUAUAAAUGAAAGUUCUUCAAGUGUUGAUGAUAAUAAUGAUGAUGAUAUUGCUGCCAUUGGAGACAAAAAUGUCCCUCUUGAUGCUAAUACAUAUUCUGAGCUUACAUUGACUAUGAUGGUUGCAGAAGAAGAUGAGCUUCAUGAAGAUAGUGAUUUGCUUAUUGCAGAGUUGGAUAAAACAUUGUCAGAGAGCUACUUUCUGUACCCUAGUCCUGGAACAUUAGAACUUCAAAGUCUCUCUGUGAUUUCAAUCUUUCAAAAAAUGCAACUUCUUUUGGAUAAUGAACUAGAAGCCUUGGUAGGAGAUGUUAACAUCAAGAAUCAGCUUCUUGGCUAUGUGGCUCAAUUAGGCCAAAUAAUAGAGUCAUCACAAGUUCCUAAAGAUCUUCACUCUUUGGUUACUGAGAUUAGUCACUUCUAUGAAGAUUUUCUCAAUGAUUUUUCACCUGUUCAAGAAGUGUUAGACAAUCAUGAAAGAUUGAUUGACUCACAGAAUGGACUUCAAGAGAAGUUAAAAGCGGCUAAGGCCAAACAGGGACAGUUUUCUGCUUCAAUUUCUAAAGGAAAAGAAAGGGUCAAUGAGAUGUCAAAAGAAAUCAAUGAAUUGGAAUCGAAACUAAAAGCCUUGCAUGAGAAGAGGAAUAGGUUACAAUUCAAUGUGAAAUGUUGCGAGUUUGAAUCUAUAAACAUCAAUAAGAAUUUGGAAACUUUGAUAAAAGAGAAUGAAGAGGUUGUGAGCACUCUCAAAGAAUCAGAAUCUGCAUUCAGAAAGGCUGAGUUGUCAAAGCAGAGUUAUGAGAGGAAGCUACCAGUCUUGAAGCAAGCUCUUUAUGGCAACACUAGACAUUAGAAUUUUCUUCAAUUUUGUAAUAAUUAGAACACUUAAUAUUAAUCAAAAAGUUUUAGACUUGUGUUGGCCAUUCUUUCUACAAAAGGAAAAGGAAUAAUUACAAAAUGAAGAAAAUUCUAAUGCUUAAUGUUGCCAAGAUCUCUUUUCAAUUCAACUAGCUUCCUCUCAUGAUUCUGUUUUCAUGAUUCAGCAUUUCUGAAGGCAGACUCUGAAGCAUAAGAGUGCUCUCAACCUCUUCACUUUCUUUCACCCAAGAAGCAGCUUUCCUAUUCAUGUUGAGAGUUUCAACCUCACAAAGUUUCAUAGUGGAUUCUAACACGUCCCUCUUCUCACAUGGGGCUUUCAGUUUCAGCUGCUCCAAGGCAUUGAUUUUUCAAAUGUGAUAUCUUGUAGUAGACCACAAGUAUGAUGAAGAAAUUAAAGAGGAAGGUAGCUUGCUAUGAAAACACCGGAAAAUUUUGAUCUGUUAUGUAGCCUUUAAAAAAAAUAGUUUCGUUUUCCUUGGUUGAAGACUUUGGCUAUAAUCCAUAUUCAAGUUGAUUAAACUAGAACGUGUUCUUAUAGUGAUUAGAGUGAAGCAGUAAAUUUAUUUAUAAAAAAAUAUAUUAUUAUUUCUAGAAGAAAAUUUUUUAAAGAAAAAAAACAUUACAUACAAAAAAAAUUGUAUUAUUAACAAAAUUAUCAACUUUAUAGAUUCUUCUUUUCAAGACCAAAGGCGCAAUACACAGACUGAAUAUGUAUGAAAAUCACACUAAAAAAUAUCACCAAUACGAAAGACGAAGAAACCAAAAUCCAAGAAACUACACCUCCUCAGCAUCACUACUUGAAUAUGGAGUAUUAUAGCCAAAGUCUUCAACAAAGAAAAACAACUUUUUUUUUCUUCUUUUAAAGGUCACAUAACAGAUCAAAUUUUGGAUGUUUUCAUAGCAAGCUACCUUCCUCUUUAAUUUCUUCAUCGAUACUUCUGGUCUACAACAUGUAAUAGAAAUGGAAAAGUCUUCUCAUGAUUUAAAAAUUUGAUGCAUCCAUGUCUGCAAACUUUAAAGCUAUAGUAAAAACAAAAAUUCUAAGACAUGGAAAACAAAACAUAUUUUUGUUGAUGAAGAAAAUGAUUCUAUACAUAUUUGAGGAAGCAGCAGGUAUAGGUUGGUACCUUAAAAUGAGGCUACCUUCUUCGUUUGUCAGAUAGGCAAUGUUUCCAAAUUAGAAAACCAGCGACACCAAUCCAGAACAGCGGCGAGACCAG